AUGGUCUCACGACCAAAUAGGGAACAACAUCAGCCAUAUGUCAGGGCCCACACCCCACCUUCCUUCCGUUAUGAUGAAGGCCCAUCUAGGCCGAGGACGGGGACUCACUGGAAUGAGAGAGUCUAUGCCCUGGAGAGACUCAUAACGAAGGUGAAGUGGCCGCCAAAGAUUAGGUCCGACCCUAGCACUAGAAAAACUGGCGCCCUCUACAUAUUUUACCAGGAACGAAAACACAAGACAAAAGACUAUAUCACCCUCAAGCAAGAGGUUGUGAACAUAUUGCAGCAAGGACACCUCAAAAAGCUGUUGAGCAACAAGGGGAGAAACAACUUCGCUAGAGUUCGUGAACAUCAAGGCCCGCCAAAGCCAUCGUCGCUGGCUCGUACCAUCAACAUGAUCAUCAGCGACAACGACGAUGCCUCCAUCAACAGUGUUAAAUUUAUUGCCACUCGCAAGCUCAAAAGAUCUAUCAUGCGUGAACGGUAUGCCGGACUCGAAGAAAGUAUCAUCUUCGAUGAGUCAAAUAUCGACGGUUUGACAUUCCCUCACAACGAUGCUCUUGUCAUUACUUUACAAAUUUUAGAUACUGAUGUCAAACAUAUCAUGGUAGAUAAUGGUAGUGGAGCAUGCAUUAUCCAUCCGCGAGUCCUCACCCAGAUGAGACUCAAGGACAAGAUAGUGCCACGCUGCAUCACACUAACCGGUUUUAAUAAUGCAGUUGAACGGACAUCGAGUGAAAUUACACUUCCCAUCUUGGCCAGCAGCAUAACUCUAGAGACAAUGUUCCAUAUCAUAGAUAGAGCCACCACAUACAAUGCCAUAGUAGGACGACUAUAG